AUGCGUGAGCGCGUUACUUUUGUGCACAAGGACCAUGACCUUGACCCGGCGGCGUUGGACAUUCAAGAAGCCGGGUUAUCAGGUCCCCAGAUCGAGACUGUCCGCCAGGACAAACUCACCAUCCCCUUCGAUGAGCUGCCUCGGGAGCUCACCGACCUGUUCAAAGACUAUGACUCUGUCCACGUCAGAUGGGCUAGCCCCUUGAAGCUUGAAACACUGGAUCCAUUUGCCUCUCGAAUAUCCCCAGGUCUUCACGUAUACUACACUCCUACGUCCUCGAAAUUAUGCAACUGGCUUCAAAGAUUCGGUCCGCUGGACUGCUCAAAGCCCGAGGCGUUCACCGAGUUCAAGCAAGACAGCUCCUCGACUUCCCCUGAUUUCUCCUUUUACCAAGGAGUAGAAGAUCUGAAUUCUUUCGUUGCCACCAGCCUGCAGGAACUUUGUUCUGAUGCUGACACUACCUGCAAUGCUCGACUGCGUAGCCUCUACACGGCUGCCAGCUUGGAUUUGUCCUAUGAGGCCACCACAAAGUCCCUUGUUGCCUAUGCCACAUGGCCUCUCCGUUCCCAAACGGUUACUGUCCCUGCGUCUCCGGGGAGAAGAGUAGAGGUUGGCAUUUUCAUCAACGACAACUCUCAGCCAAACAUGGAGAAGCAUGAACUUGGGGUUGCUGGCGUUCUGAGUGUCCUCGGUGAGCAAAAGAAGCCUUCGCCAGCCAUGUUUACUUUCCCGUCCCGACACCGACAGAGCGACUCUGUUUUUGGCUCCAAGUUUCUCAGCCCGACUGGCUUGCAUCCUACGCUUCAGUUGAGCUUCAGCUCCAACCAGGCCCCGGGCAGUGAGGGAGAGUGUGCGCCAUACGCGUUCUUGACAUUGCCCAAAACUAUUUUUGCCGACCGAUAUCAGUUAGAUGAUGAUUUGUUUUUGGCCUCCAAGAACCUCACUUCAUUGCGAUACACGACUCUGCCCGUUGAUCUGGAAGCACCUGCAUACACCACCGAGACCUGGGGGUCCAGUAUUCUUCUUGAACUGGCCCCUCCUGGAGCCGAGAAAGAUGAGCCUUGGAGAGCUGAGGUUCCGCUUCACCUGCGGUAUCUUGAGCCUUCUGCAAGCGGUAAAGUCGAUAUUGAGGUCCCGUAUCCAGCUGUCUUUUGGGCAUGCUCCUCCGGGGCCGAAACCCUGCAGAAUCCGUUUGAUCGACUUCAUGUGGGAUAUGACAGGCUUUUCCCUCGCGAUACCGUCUUUUGGCACGUCGCUCCCCAGCCGGAGAGUGACACCAGGCUCAUGAACUCGGUCACGGUGCCGGUACUAAAAGAGGAGGGAGCAGACUGGAUCACCUCGGGUACGACUGCAGCUGUUGCCCUCGGCUUUAUCUGGGUUCUGUGGAAGUUGGUCAGCGUCAUGAUGAAUUCUGGAGGGAAAACAAACAGACCUCGUGGCCAGGCUGCCCAGAAGAAGGUCCAAUAA